AAAUCCAAAUAAGAAAUUAAACUAAGAAAUGUGUUAAAAAUAACAACGAAGCAAACUGAAAUUUAAAUACAAACAUUUGUAUGUAGUUAUUAAUAAUUGUAAAUACAAAUAAAAAAAGUCUGAUAACAACAAUAAAUCAAUAGAAAACGAAUUUCCUUUUCUAAUGCAAAAACAGAACAUGCAGAAAGAGAAUGUGUUCAAUACAAAUAAAAUCAAAAAUGCAAAAUAAAUGUUUAAAGAAAAGUGAAGCUGCCUUGUAAGCCAUAAACAAAAAGCCAGCCACAUGCAAACUAAUAAACAAACAGACGACAACCAAAUUGUUAAAACAAGAUUCUGUAAACACAUUAACAAGUAUAUUCUAUCAAGUUUAGAGGAAGAUAGAGUAAAAAAAUAACAACACAGCGCAUGCGUCUAGUCAUGCUAAUGAUGAUUAUCAUGUCGAUGCAUUUAUCAUAAUCACUGCUAAUAUUACAUUGCACAGUGGGCUCUAAAAAUAGUUGGCCAAACAAAAUGAUGCAUAAAACGAUCGUAAUGUUAAAGUGAAAAGUAAAAUAAAACAAAAAGAUAAUGAAUAAACAUUCUAGUAAACAACUCAACGAAACUGCACUAAAAUCUACAGCAACGCCACCUCCUCACUUUGAAUUUCUAUAGAAAAGAAUUCCCACUGUCUGAUCUCAAAUCUAAACACCACCAACCAACAAACAGCUAUCUAAUUUAUAAAUUUCGCAGACACAAAAACAAAAACUAAGAGGACUUAUUUUUCUAACUAAAUGUUUGCGAUUCAAGAUUCAUUUCAAAACAACAGAUAAAUUUUCCAAAAAUUUGCAAACAAAUAAAAAAAGAACUGAAACUACAACAACACGUCUAUAAGUCUAGGAAAAAUCUAGUUUUAAUUUUCUUUUUCUAUAAAAACCAGUCAGCCACUUAAUCAGUCUGUUGGUUUUAUUUCAAUUUUUUGCUUGUGUCUCUCACUCUCUUAUUCUUUCAACGCGGCUGACAACGAUAAUGAUGAUGAUCAUGAAUUAAAAAGAAAACGAAUUACAAAAACAACAUUAGCAUUAGAAAUAGACAACCAGAACAACAACACCAACAAUAAAACUAGUGCAAUACAAAUACCAAACAAAGUGAAGAAGAUAAAAGCAGAACCUGAAAAACAUCACUUGUAUUGAGGCUCAAAUUGUUUUUGUGCAGAUUUUUCAAAUUCCCUUUUUUGUUGUUUACAAAAUAAAUAAUCCAUGGAAAACUGCAACAAAGAAAAAAUGUUCUCUUUUUCUACAACGACAUCAACAACAACACUAGCAACAUCAUCAGAGGCAGCAACAACAGCAACACCAGCAGCACCGCCACCAUCACAAUUAACGAAAACAGUAGCAAAUGCUUUAAAGAUGCCUCAAACAGGUGACUGUUUGGUAACUUUACCCCCUCAAAUACCAGAAAUUUCAUACGAAUUUUCACAAACACAUCAAUCGACACAAUUUGCAGUCACAACAACAAGUGCUAGUGGAACUAUAAACGAUCCAUAUGCAACGUAUACAGAUAAUUUUGAUCUAUCACUACUACCUCAGGAUUACAAUCAUAAUAAUAAUAACAGUACACAAACAACAACAAUAACGACAAAUAUAACACAAACGAAUCUUAUAGAUAAUAUACCAACAACAGUUUACAAUUUCGAUACAACGACAACAAAUCAACAACAUAUACAACAAGAUAAAGCCAACUCACUUGCUGUACCCGAUAUAAAAAUCGAACAAACCUGGUCCUCGUGUCCUUCUCUCAACACAAUUAAACAAGAGCAAAUUUAUCAAAGCUAUUUUCCUUUAAAUACGAAACAAAAUCAACUUGUACCACCACCACCCGCUUACCCAGUACAAAUCUAUCCGUCGCCGCAAUCUAGCCCUGCUCAAUCAGAAUACAAUUUUUCCCAGACCCAAUACUCAUCAUCGCCCUCCUCGGCCUGUUUUGAAUCUUUGAGUUCAUCUCGCAAUUCUCUAUAUAAUAUUGCCUCCUCACCGUGUCCCUCCAUUGACGCUCAAACGAUUAAGCAAGAGCAAUUACACAUAUUGCCACCUUCACCACCCGAAUCCAACUGUGAUACACCCACACCACAGUCUAGCUAUAGCAGCUGUAGCAGUGGUUUCGAUUUCAAAUCAGAACCUUUCGAUUCCGAUGUUGAAACGUUUAAUGAUUUGAACAAAUCACAGUGUAGUGCCACCGUGGCAGCAGUAUCAUCGGCCGAUCAUCAAUUAUUGCGUGAAUAUUUGGAAGAUACUACUUUCCAAAAAAGACACAAUCUGAAACCUUUGGCUCUGGAGUCGUUUAUUGGUGGCCUAGAAGAGGUUCGUGAUAAUAUCGAACCAGUUAUUUCAUUAGCAUUAGAACAAGCGAAACGUGAUGCUGAUGAUACUUGUGCUAAAUUGCAAAUAUCACAGGAUCCCUCGGCUUGGUCAGCAAAUCAAGUACACGCAUGGUUACGAUCCACCCUACAACAAUUCGAAUUACCAAUAAUUGAUGAUAUUGAAAAUAAAUUUCUUGAAAAUGGUGCUGAGUUAUUGCAACUAACUGAAAAUGAAUUUGUCAAAAGAAUACCAGAGGGUGGUAGUACUUUGCAUGCUCAAUUGGAAUUAUGGAAACUAACAUGUUCACCUGAAUAUCCAAAAAGUACAACUAUAAAUCAAAUGCAACAAACACAUAAUAUGUGGACAAGCAAUAUAUUGCUUGCAUACAAUAACAGCAUGGAAGAAGAUACCGAAGAUGAAGAUGAUUUUCUUACCAACAACAAUACUACCACUAACAACUCUCUGACGAACGCACACCAACAAAUCAACGGCCACUUUAAUACUAACGAAGAGGUGAUCAAUACAAAUUCCAAUGGUAUAAAUAACAACAGUAGCAAUAACACAAAUAAUAAUAUCAGCGACAACAACAAUAAUAAUACCAACAAUACUACUAAUGAAAUCAAUACCAUAACGCCAGUUAAACGUGCUGGCACCCGCAAUGGUGGAUCUCACAUACAUUUAUGGCAAUUUCUGAAAGAACUUUUAGCGGCACCCCAUAUUAAUGGCACAGCUAUACGUUGGAUUGAUCGCAGCAAAGGCAUUUUUAAAAUAGAGGAUUCAGUGAGAGUUGCCAAAUUGUGGGGUAAACGCAAAAAUCGUCCAGCCAUGAAUUAUGAUAAACUAUCACGUUCCAUACGUCAAUACUACAAGAAGGGCAUUAUGAAAAAGACAGAAAGAUCACAAAGAUUGGUAUAUCAAUUCUGUCAACCAUAUCAUAUGUGAGCUGAAAUUGUAUGAAAUAUUAAACAGGGGCUUAUGAAAUGAUUUAACAAUAACGUUUUUUAAAAACAAAAAGAAAUUAUUUAUUUAAUUUAACUUAUUUAAUUUAUUUAUUUAUUUCUUUAAUCUAUAUAAUUUAUUAAACUAUUUUUUUCUUAAUAACUAUUUAUUUAUUGAAAUUUAUUUUAAAAUAAUUUUGUGAAAAAUAUAUUUUUUAGUGUUUAAUUAUUUAUUUAAUAAUUUAUACAAAUAUUUAUUUAUUUAUUAAUAUUUAAUCCAAAAGUUUGACAAAUGUGCGAAUAUUAGCAUUAAGUUUUAUUUAUUUAUUUAUUGCUAUUUAUUUAUUGAAAAUCAAUUAUUUAAAGGGUUAAAGAUUGUAUAUUAUUUAUAAACUUACCCCCUUAUUCAUAAACAGCAUUUUAUUUUAUAAAAAGUUUAUAAAUCAAAAUUUCCAUACGAAAUCGUUUAUAAAAUAAAAAUUGGUUUAUGAAUAUGGGGGUUAAAGUUCUACUAUGGUACUAGUCAAAAUUAAAAGCAAUUCCAAUUAAUGAAAGAGUUAAAGAAAUAUAUUUUAAAUUUUGAACAAAACAAAAAUUUUGUACUAGUACUAGAAUAGAUCAAAUUUGUAUAUUCAUUUGUGCUAUAAUUGUGUUCUAAGAUACAAUGUCUAAAUUUUUAUAGAAAAAGGUUUUAUAAAUCAUAAGAAUUUAUCAAUAUAACGAUUUUUUCCAGGACAAAAUUCUUAAUACUAUGAAAAGUACAAAAUUUGUAAAUUUAAUAAUCUGUAUAAAAUAAUUUUAAUAUUUUCAAAAUUUUUGAUAAAUUAUUAUGUUAUCAAUUUUAAUAAGAAGUCAUUUUUUUGAAAACGUUUUUUUUUUUAAGGAGAGAAAAACUAGUUCCUGUAAACUAAGAUCAUUGAUUGAGUUUUCAAAAAAAUUGUUGUCGUAUUUUUUGUUUUGUUUAUAAAUCUUGGUGAAGAAUUUUUCAUUUGUGAAUAAUUGUUCAUUGAAUGAACAAUUAUUAUCAUUUAAUUGUUAAAAAUCACUUAUAAUAAAAACUAUAAUUGUUUUUUUAUUGUAAUUAAUUAUUGACAAAUAUAUAUCACAUUUUUAUCUUAUGAUUUACGAACUUAAAAUAACAAUAUUAAGCAAAAUCCUUUUAUAGCACAAACAGGUUAACAUGUGUUUCCAUAUAAUAUGCAAAAUUAAAAAGAAACAAAACAAUAUUUAAAUAAACAAAUGUUGAAUUAAUAAAAAACUAUUAAUGAAAUAUAUCUAUGAUAUAUGACCGUUUUAAAACAAACAUAUUUUUUAUAAUAUUAAAAAAGUAAAAGUUCUAUGAACAAAUUAAAUUAAUUAUUUAUUUAACGAAAGAAACAUAAAAAGUGUUAAAAGAAACUAAAAUAAACUAUUUAUUAAACGAUUUAUAUAUAUUUUUACAGAAUAUAUUCUGUGCGAUUUAAAAUUCUGCCAUGAAAACAAUAUUUUAAUAAUUAAUAUUUAUUUAUAUAGCAACAAUAUUUAUUGAAAUAUUAAUUAAUUAAUUUAUUUAUUAAAUUAUUUAUUAUAAUUAUUUAUUUAUUACAAAACAAAGGUGGUUGGUUAUUUAUUUAAACAAAUCUAUGUUAAACAAUUGGGGAUUUAUAAAUUUAUUUAUUUACUUUCAGCUUGUAAUGAUCAAAAAAGCUAACAUGAAAAAAGCUCAAAUGUUUAUUUAUUACUUUUAAAACGUAUUUAUUUUUUUCUAAUGCAUAUUUAUUUAAACUAUUAAAUUAUUUAUUUAUUUAUUAAAUUUAUAUAAUUGUAAAACUAUAUAAGUGCAUUUAUAAAACAAUUUGCCACUUAAUUUUAUAAAAGUUUUUAUACAUACAUAGUAUAAUUACUUAUAAUUGCUUUAUUUAUUAUAUUUUUUAAAUAUUUUUGUUUCCAACUUAUAAAAGUCAUAAGUAAAAUGUAUAAUUAUUAAAAAAGUUUUUGCAAUAUAAUGAAACCAUUGCUUUGUGCCUAAAUAUUUUUAUAUUUAAUUAAUUUAUUUAUUUCAUAUUUAUUGAGUUUUAGUUUUAAAAAUAUUUAUUUAAAUGUUUUCAUUUAUUUUGCUUAUAUUAUUUAUUUUAGCUUUAAUUAAUUUAUUGAUCACCAGAUCCUUAAUACUUGACAUACUCAUUGUGUUUUUUUAUGUGCAGCCUUUUUUUCGGUGAAAUUUUUUCAACCGAAUCAUUAAAGGCGAGUGCUAAUUUUUCUUUACAGUUUAAGUUUAUUUAUUAAAAUGAAUAAAAUAUUUAUUUAUUAAUUUAUUUAUUUAUUCAUUUGAUUAUUUAUUAAUUAAAUUAAAUUCGAAAACGAAAAUGUAAUAACAACAAUAUUUAAUAAAAUUUAAUUUUGGACAAUAACUGAACAAAAGUGCAGUUUUUCAGCAUUAUUUAAUUCAACUCAAGUAUAUCAAACUAAAAUUGUAUUUGUCAAUAAACUUUUAAAAAUUAUAAAUAUUUAGGAAUUAAGGCAAAAAAGAACAUUAAAGAUAUCAAGUGAUCGGCCGUGCCCGACUAUACAUU